CUAUUAAAACCAUUUUCUCGAGUGGUUUAUUGCGGAAGGGUUGUUUGUCCCUUAGCUGUUCAACUAGAUUGUUGUGUGACUUUCUUGUGUCUCAAGGUUUUCCAGUGCAGUUUGCCCCAGCUGUCAGCGCGUAGGAAUAUCAGACUUUUUGAAGCUUUCAACUCGACAGGCGACAUCCCUUUUCUUUCGCUUUUAGAUAAAGUGAUCAUGUCAGAACACGAACGGAGAAAUGAAGAGUGGGAUAAGAACGGUAAAACCGGGUCUUUUUCCGAGGAGAAGGAGCAGCCUGCAUACGAUGGACCGCCAGGCAUGGACCCUGACGGCAUCAUCGAGUCCAACUGGGAACAAGUUGUGACGAACUUUGACGACAUGUCUCUGAAAGAGGAGCUUCUUCGCGGCAUUUACGCAUACGGUUUUGAAAAGCCGUCCGCCAUCCAGCAACGCGCCAUUAUUCCAUGCGUCAAGGGACAUGAUGUGAUCGCCCAAGCACAGUCGGGAACAGGGAAAACGGCGACGUUUUCCAUCAGCAUUCUGCAGCAAAUCGACACAACUGUGCGCGAAUGUCAGGCUUUGAUUCUGGCACCGACCAGGGAAUUGGCUCAGCAGAUUCAGAAAGUCGUCAUCGCUUUGGGCGACUUCAUGUCCGCUCAGUGUCAUGCUUGCAUUGGCGGAACUAACGUUCGAGAGGACAUGCGGAAGCUGGAUACUGGCGUCCAUGUAGUUGUGGGAACUCCCGGUCGUGUAUUCGACAUGAUUAACCGCAGGGCGCUGCGCCCUCAGCACAUUAAGAUGUUUGUCUUGGACGAAGCUGAUGAGAUGUUGUCGCGGGGAUUCAAAGACCAAAUCCAUGAUGUAUUUAAGACGUUGAACGCCGAUGUUCAGGUCAUUCUGCUGUCGGCCACCAUGCCGCCCGAUGUGCUGGACGUUACCAAAUCUUUCAUGCGAGCUCCCAUUCGCAUUCUGGUCAAGAAGGAAGAACUUACCUUGGAAGGUAUCAAGCAAUUCUUCGUCUACGUUGAGAAGGAGGACUGGAAGUUGGAGACGUUGUGCGAUUUGUACGACACCCUCUCCAUUACUCAGGCUGUAAUCUUUUGUAAUACUCGUCGCAAGGUCGACUGGUUGACCGAAAGUAUGCACAAGAAGGACUUUACGGUAUCGGCUAUGCAUGGAGAUAUGGAGCAGAAGGAGCGUGACGUUAUUAUGAGGCAGUUCCGGACAGGGUCCUCCAGGGUGUUGAUCACCACCGAUUUGCUUGCUCGGGGCAUUGAUGUCCAGCAAGUUUCCCUAGUUAUCAACUAUGAUUUACCGACAAACCGAGAAAAUUACAUUCACAGAAUUGGUCGAGGUGGGCGUUUCGGACGUAAGGGCGUUGCCAUCAACUUCGUGACUGAGGAUGACAAGCGCAACCUCAACGACAUAGAGAAGUUUUACAAUACAAAUAUCGCCGAGAUGCCUAUGAACGUAGCUGAUCUCAUUUAGAUCAGACGCGGUCAGAUGAGCGCCAUUCUGAAGCAAAUGUGUCGAAGCGUUGCCUGAGGUGUGAUAUUCGCGGAGACUUUUACAUAGUGCGCCGUAUCGUAUCUUUGGGUUAGCUGCGUCGCGUUUUACGCUCCAUAGACUCCACCUUUUUUUAUUUGGUUCUUUCAUAAUUUUAUGUGUAAUCAAUUAAUAUUUAAAAAAGUAUUUGACGUAUUUUUUGGUCGCCAGCAUGUUUCCACCGGCGACAGACUUUUGGCGCCGAUUCCCAUGUAAGCCAUUCCAACAUCCAAUCAAGACUUUCCCAAGGAAUAGGGAACACCUUCGGAGAGAAUUGAUUGGGGUUUGGAAGGGCUUCUUCAAUUACAGGAGGUGCAAACGGAAACUUUCCAUUUGCAGUUCCUGCACGUGAAGCAUGAAAGGAAAGUUUUAAUCGCUUUUCUUUAAAAUAUUUUGUAUAAUAUUAAAAUAAAACUCUCUGACGAA